AUGGAUUAUUCCCAUCUACACACCUAUGCGCCUCCCCAGUAUGUUCCAGAAAAUACUGGGUACACGUAUUCUUUAAGCUCCAGUUACUCUUCAGCUGCAUUGGACUUUGAAAAUUUGCAUAAGUUGGAUCCAGUGUUUGAUUCUCCAAGAAUGUCACGGCGUAGUCUCCGUUUAACGACUACAACAACCAGCUUUCCCGAUGAUCUCCACAAUGAAAGUAUUGCCUCAAACAUCUCCUAUUCUGGAGGUGUCUCUGAGAGAUCGCUCAGCAGGUCUUCGAGACAGCAGCAUAACACCAGCAGACAAUCCUCAAGCAGCCGUCGUUCUGCAUCAUUGAAAGCGGUUUCAAAUACAUCCUUACAAAGUAGCUUUAGCACUCAUGUCUCUGAUGCCUCCAUGUUGUCCACUGUGCUGGAUGAAUCCUCAAUACGAGAGCAGACAGAAGUGAAUCAUUUAUGGGGUCUUGACGAUGAUGACCCAAAAGCUGGGGACACAACGGUCAUUCAGGCCAAUGGAGAUGUCUUCUCUACAGAAACACAGACAACCUUAAUAAAUGGUUACACUUGCAAUGACUGUAGCAUGCUGUCUGAAAGAAGUAAUGCCCUCACAGCAUUCUCGGCAACUCACACGCCUGCUUUGUCCACGUACACAACAUCUACUAAAGUAUACACUCGUGACAGGAGCCAGAAGCACAAAUCAAGAGAAUUGCCUUACUACGCACAAAGGACAAUGGUAUUGGCCAAAAGUUCUAUGGCCACAAUGGCAGCACUGCUUGUGAGAAUCUUUCAUAUGGUCAUGCUGAAGCUUGGUUAUGAACAAAAAGCUCACUCCAAUUACUGUGGAAGUAUGAAUGUGGCAGACUAUCAAACUGAGGAUGGACACCUCCAUAUAAAUGGAGAAUCUAUAUGUGACGACUGUAAGGGGACAAAACAGCGGGAAACUCACAUCACCACUGCGCACACACAGUCCUCAUCAUGGGCUGAAAGGGUGACGGGAAAGUUGUGGCACAUCUUUUCUUACACAGGUUAUUACUUAAUGCAAGCUGCGCGCAGUACUGGAGCUGCUGGAUGGUUUGUAUCCAGGAAGGUGUUGUCGUUUCUUUGGUUGGCCAUUGUAUCACCAGGAAAGGCUGCAUCUGGAAUAUUUUGGUGGCUGGGCACAGGCUGGUACCAGCUUACUACACUCGUCUCCUUGCUUAAUGUAUUUCUUCUUACUAGAUGCCUUCCAAAAGCAAUCAGAUUGUUAUUCCUCUUGAUCCCCUUACUGCUGCUAUUGGGUCUCUGGUGGUGGGGCUUUGAUGCCUUGCUUGCCAUGCUCCCAGCACUCAGGGGAUUUACAUCAUAUACAACACAAACAGCCGAAGAUCCUAUUCCUAGCCUGAAGCCAGUGUCCGAUAUAUAUGUAUCUGACCAUGACAAGAAGGAAUUGAACUUUCAAUAUGAUGCUCGAAUGAAGGAGAUGGAAAAACACUUUGGGUUAAUAACUGCCCAUCAUAAUCAUCAUUUGGAAGAUUACAAGAAACUGAAACUUCUGGUUGUGGAUAUUAAAGAACAGAUGGGACAGAGAAGUGACCAGGGUCAAAUGUCAAGUGUAAUUGCCAGCCUUCUCGACGAGAGAUUUGCCAAAAUGAAGUUGGACUUGCAUGAAAAAUCUAUUGCUGAGGACUCCAUGCGGUAAGAAUCACGAAGCUCGCAUCUUGCACCUGGAAGCUUUACUGACCAAACUGUCAGAGGCCAUUGAUGAAGACCGGAAGCGCGUGCAGACUAAUGCUAGUGAAGGUGAAAUUCACGAUCAAAGUUUACUUAGAAAAAGGAUUGAAAGACUGGAGGAAGAAUUUGCAGCAUACAAAGCAGAGUUCCUUAACGGACAGACAGCGAAGUCUAGCUGUGAUCUGCCAGACUGUGUUCUUCAAAAGGUGGAUGCCAGAGUUAGAGAAUCUGUCCAAAUGAUGUUUGGAAGUCAGACACAUCUGCCAGAGUCCUUGCUACAGUGGAUUUCCGCAAACUAUGUUAGUAAUGUAGAUCUUGGUACCAGAUUACAAAAACUAGAGCUCCAAAUCUUGAAGAAUAUCACUCACCAGAUGUCAAUCACAAAGAAGGUGGCAACAGCUAAAGUAGUGGAAGGGGCAGUAACUGGAAGUGUAUCUGGUAUUUCGGAGGAGGAUGCACGUGUUAUUGUGAAUAAUGCUUUGAAGCUUUACUCUCAGGACCGUACUGGCAUGGUGGAUUUUGCAUUGGAAUCUGGAGGUGGCAGCAUCUUGGGUACUCGUUGUUCAGAAACCUAUGGAACAAAGACAGCACUCCUAAGUUUGUUUGGAAUUCCAUUGUGGUAUUUAUCUCAGUCUCCCAGAGUGGUAAUACAGCCUGACAUGUAUCCUGGGAACUGCUGGGCAUUUAGAGGUGCUCAAGGAUAUCUGGUUGUGCGACUAUCAAUGGCAAUUUUACCAGCUGCUUUCUCAUUAGAACAUAUUCCCAGAUCUCUCUCUCCCACUGGAAACAUCACAAGUGCACCCAAGGAUUUCGCUGUAUAUGGGUUGGAAGAUGAGUAUCAGGAAGAUGGGACACUGUUGGUUCAGUCUGUGUAUGAUGAAGAGGGAGAGCCUCUACAGACUUUCUAUGUGACGGUAGAAAAUGAGAAACCCUUCCAAAUUGUGUGGAGCUAAGAAUCCUGUCCAAUUGGGGUCACGCAGAUUACACUUGUCUUUAUCGUUUCCGAGCUCAUGGAACCCCAGUGAAGUAA